AUGAUGACCCCUUACAUCCCCUACCGCCUCGACGGCAAAGUGGCCCUCGUCACUGGCUCUGGCCGCGGCAUUGGCGCCUCCAUGGCCAUUGAAUUGGGUCGCCUAGGUGCAAAAGUCGUCGUCAACUACGCAAACUCGGUCGAGUCAGCCGAGAAAGUGGUCGUCGAGAUCAAAAGCCUGGGAUCUGACGCGGUGGCCUUCAAAGCCGACAUCCGCCAAGUGCCCCAGACCACUAAACUAAUGGACGACGCCAUCGCCCACUUCGGCGGACUCGACAUCGUAUGCAGCAACUCGGGCGUCGUCAGUUUUGGACACUUGGGUGACGUGACCGAGGAAGAAUUCGACCGUGUCUUCAGCCUGAACACGCGGGGGCAGUUCUUCGUGGCGCGCGAGGCGUACCGCCACCUCAACGAGGACGGGCGUAUCAUCCUCAUGUCGUCCAACACGGCCAAGGACUUUAGCGUGCCCAAGCACGCGCUAUACUCGGGGUCUAAGGGCGCCAUCGACUCAUUUGUUCGCGUCUUUGCGAAGGAUUGCGGACAUAAGAAGAUCACGGUCAAUGCUGUGGCGCCGGGGGGUACGGUUACCGAUAUGUUCCACGAUGUGUCGCAACAUUACAUCCCUAAUGGUGAGAAAUAUUCCGCCGAGGAGCGGCAGCAGAUGGCAGCGCAUGCAUCGCCUUUGGUCCGGAAUGGCUACCCGCUUGAUAUUGCGCGGGUCGUGUGCUUCUUGGCUAGCAAAGAGGCUCAAUGGAUGAACGGGAAGAUUCUGACCGUUGAUGGCGGAGCAGCAUAA